AAGGUCGAGUCUUACUUAGAUGUAAUUACCAUUUUUUGAAAUAUAUUCAUUCUAACUAGCAACAAUAACCCGUCCCUCGAACAGGAAAUGAAAAGGAUAGCUCCCUCGUGACGUCACAAGUAGCGGGGAAUUUGCAAACACGAAAUUGCCAGCAGAGCAAUUUCAAAACAAACAACAAUGAGGAAAGAUGGUUCAUCACAAGUCAGAAGACAGCUCGAUUUCCGUGAGAAGAUAUUGACACAAAGAACAUUUUAUAUCGAUAUAAGAGAGGAAGAUUUAAGGAAGCGAAUAACACGCAGAGUCAAAGACCUUGGGGGUCAAGUAGAAGAUUUUUUGUCCAAAGAUGUUAAUAUUUUGUUGACUGAUUCCAACAACACUGCCCAGAAAAUAUGUCCAACGUCACUAACGCCUAAUGCCAGUCCAGACCCAGAUACAAAGGUGGCUGUCCCACUCAGCAGAGGUAAAGCAUUGUUGCUGAAAGCUAAAAAGCAGUCAUCCUGUCAGCAGUCCACAAAGGGAACAGACAUAGUCCAGAAUGCCCUAAAUUUGGGUGUAAAGGUAGAAAAAGCAAAAGACUUCCUCAAAUCUACACACAAAUAUGCACAGAAACUAAAGCAGGUCAAGGCCCUUCAGUCGGAUGGUAUUGAUGGAAUUACGCCACUGCAGUGGAAAAACUCUGAUAAAGAAAACUUCAUUGUGUUGAAGGUGGAGGAUGAUAAGCAAGUUUAUAGACCUUUCCUCAAACAUUUCAAAGACAGCUUUCCUAAAAUCAGAUAUGGUGAUGACCUUGCUUCUCCGUUUGACAAGGGAGUGACUUUGUGUAGGACAGUGGAGAAUAGGACAAAGAAUCGAUAUUCCACCAAGGGAAAGCCUUCAGUGGCUUCGAGUAAAGGUGGCUUCUGUGAAGCCUGCGACUACUGGUACAGAUGCUCUUUACGAGAACACCUCAGCAGCAUGAAGCACCAGAAGUUUGUUCAGACAAACACAAACUUUAAACAACUUGAUCAGAUAAUCAACAAAAUGCCAAACAUUCAGGACUUCAUGUCAAAAUUUAAUCUUGAUUAUGCGAGAUCUGCAGAAGUCAAACAGACUCAAAUUCUAUCUGAAAAGCUUGAUGCAAAGUGUUCUACGGAAGGAGUUGACAAUUGUAAAACAGCUGUAGAAACCUUUGACACAUUAAUGGAAAUGUCUGCAUCACCUAGAAGUCUACCCACUGUGAGAAAUGAUGGAGGAUCAGUAUUGUCUAACUGUGCCAUGGUCAUUAGCCCUGUCGCAGCAGAACCGGUGAACAUCAACUGUGAUACAGAUAUGACAAUGGAAGUAGAUAUUUCCUACAUCUCUGGAACAGGACCAGAAAUUCAGGAGGACAUUUCUAUUCCGUGUGAUUUUGUGCAAUCUGUGUGUAGUAACCAACAAGUCACUGAACAUGUUAUUGAUGAAGAUUCAGCAUUCCAACAUGAUCAAACAUCUAAUGAUAUGGCAAGUUGUGAAAACACCACUGGGAAUAUUGUACCUAAUUCUACGUUAUCACAGAGUAUGAACUCUGUUUUUAGUCCCAGUAUAGACAGUGAAAAUGCUAUGUUCCUGGAUCUCACUGUGAAGAAAGACAACAUGCCAGUUCAGGAAGUAACAUCAAAUGUUCGGAAAAAGCUGUCUGCUAUAGUGAUAGCAGACAACAUUCUCAACCAGUCUGAAAGAAUCCAUACCCACCAUUAUGACAUAGAAAAGAAAAAGAAAAAAGAGCCCUCAUCUUUCUCUUUUGCAGGAUUAGAUAAUUUUCUGGUGUCAUCACCAAUACAUCACAACUCUUCCCCCAAGUCAGUUAUGUGUGGAAGAAAACUAGACUUUGCAAACAUUGCAGCAGAUUGGAUGAAAGACAUGUCACAAACUCAGGAACAACAGAACCAAGAAACACCAAAGACUUCAACAAAAAAGAAAAUGUCUAGUAGAAAGUCAAAGAAACAUUCAUCAGUGCAAAAAAGAAAGAAGAAAUCAAAAAAUAAAUCUCUGACAAGUAAAGAAAAUGAUUGGCCAUUUUCACUUUUUAACACGAAGUCAUGUGAUAGUUCUGACUCAGACUUAGAACUACCACAGCUACCUGUACUGAACAGCAAUAUUGCUAAACAGAGACUUAUAGAGGAAGAAAGGAAGCUACAAAGUUCUCCAAUUCAAUACUGUUCAAGACAGCUGAUUGCAGAUCAGAGAGCAACCAGCACUUGUACCAAAAAACGUGUGAAGCUAAUUGGUCGUCAUCAUAGCAAGUCCUUGGGUUUUAAGCGACUCGCCAAAAGUCCUACCCUCUCAAACCCUGAAGGUUUACGUAAUAUCCAGACUAAAAUGCCCCAAUACUUCCGGGACAAAUCAUCCUGCAAUUCAACAUCUGCACCUGCUCCCAUGGUAUUGUCUCCACCUCAACUUUCACACUUCAAUUGCUUUCAAAUUCAGCAGACGGUUCGUCCACAGUCUUGUCCAAUUCUGUCUCCAGUAGUGCAAGCUUUAAACAAUGUUAAUGCCCAAAAGGAAAGCCAAUUAAGGCAAAUUUUAGAUUCACAAAGCAAUCAGUAUGGGGAUCCAUCUAGUCAAACUUUACCAUACAGUCAAUUAAUUGAUCAUAUUCCAGGAACACCCAGAGACUCGGCACCAAACUCAAUGAACUUUACAACACCUACAAACCUGGAUCUUGAUAAUUAUCGAACAGAAGAGUUGGAUUAUAUUUCAACAUCUCAGGCAUUUGUUUCACAGUGUGAAUCCAAAAACUCUCCAUCCCCUGGUAAAGAAAAUGCUCAUAGAGAAUUUAAUACACCUCAGAAACCUGAUAAUGUUUCUGAGUAUGGUUCUGACACGGAAGCCUAUAUUCCAUACUCUCCAGUGUUUCCUGUCUCUGAGCUUGAACAGCAGCAGUCGGGUACAAACCAGGCCCCAUUCUUACCUCUAUCAAGUGAUGGAUGUGAUGCUGAUGUAAAUAAAUCGGAUCAUUUUGAUAGGAAUAGUGAUGUAAGGAGUUAUGCAAGUGAUAAGUUUCAAACAGUCAGUACAAACAAAAGAACAUCAAACUGCUCGAAUACAUUGGACCAGUCAACAACUUUGGUGAAGUCCUGUUCAGAACUUUCCUUCUCUGUAGAGUCUAUUCUGUCAGGGAGAACAGGUAAGAAGAGAACAGUGUCUGGAGAUCCUGAGAUAGGUGCAGCAUCUCCCUCAUCAUUACUUCACAGUGAUAUUAAUAUGAUAGUACCCACGUCAGAACCCAAGAAUUUGCUUCCAUCAACUACAGAGAAAAAGAAGCGAAAGAGGAAAAGACAUGCCAGUAAAAAUUACAAGGAUUCUGGGUGCCAAUAUUACGUAUGCCCACAAGAAGGCACCAAGAUAAAAUUGUGUCGUGUGAUGGUCACCCCAAUGGAACAGAAAAAUAACCUCAAAACUUUUUGGAAAGUGACAAAAGCAGGUAGUUGUCGGUUAGUCUUCAGUGCAGAGAAAAACAAGGGGAUGAACAAUUCAGAUAUCAAGAAAAGAGAUAGGUCUUGCGAUCAGGUGCAAAGCAGUAAGAGACGAAAGCUUGUGUAUUGAUACUUUUUAUUAGUAAAUUAAUCAAUAGUGUAUAUAAAAUGAGAGUGUAUUUAUUUUAAUACAAAGUGUAUAAUAGCUGUCUGCAUUAUGAUCUCAUUGAACAUUGCUCAUAAUAUGUGUACUCAUUUUACAAUGUAUUUUUAGAAUGUUUAAUUUGUGUCAGCUAUUUUUAUAUGGGUAUUUUCAUCUUUGGUCAUUGUAUUUUGUUAACCAUUAGAUUAUUGUUGAAAUUUGCUUAUCAUCAGCUGUUGCUAAAAUUAAACAUCAGAUGUUGUUUACCAUCACCUGUUGUUUGCCAUCAGCUAUUGUCCAUUGUUCAGCAGAAGUUGUUGUUUACUAUCAGCUCCUGUCCAUAUUAUUUACCAUCAGUAGUUAUCUACUAUUUGCCAGCAGAUGUUGUUUACCAUCAGCUGUUGUUCGACAUCAGCUAUUGUCCAUUGUUCAGCAUCAGCUGUUGUUUAUCAUCAGUUGUUGGUCAUUGUUCACCAGCAUAUCACAGCUGUUAGACAUUGUUCUCCAGCAGUUGUUAGUUAUUGUUUACUAUCCACUUAAGACAACUAUUUCCUCAAAAAUAAAACAUCAUAGGCAACUGCAGUAGAAUAUGAUGCAAUUUUUAUUUAUUCAAAUGGAUGAAUUCGGAAAUUUAUAAAAUAAUAUUAAACUUAAGAUCAUGAGUAAGGCCAAGACAAUUAUCUUAUUGUUACCUUAGAUACUUGUGUACAUAUUGCUGUCAAUAACACAAAUAACUGAAUUGGAUUUUGAAUUAAUUUACAUUCUUUAAAACAUUGUUGUUUAACAACAGUGUUGUGAAUCUCUGCUAUAGUGCAAUAUUGUUUUUUUUUAAGUAUUAUGUGUAAUGUUUAAUUUGUUUUGAUUAAAAUUUUGUCUCUCCUUGAUGUACAUUACCAGAACCCAGAUGGAUUAUAACUAUAUGGAAUAACAUUGUCAUUCUGGACAGUGUAUCCAUAUUUUUCCUGGCAUAUAUGAGAAUUAAUAGAUUACAUUCUCAUUUCUGUGUGGAUUAGACAGGGUCUGAUCAACCUGAUUCAUGAUAACGGUUUAAAAUCUUCAGCAAGUAUUGUCUUGCUCUCACCGUAAGUUUUUCUCUUAAUCUGUUGGCCUUCCUGUGUAUGUUUUUCAUGAUGCAACAUGAAUUGUUAUUAUGAUUGGGGAAUUUCACUCUCAACCCGAGUCAACCCGAGGUUGUGAUGAGGGAAUCAUGUACACACAGUCUUGUAAAUAUAUACAUAUGUAUAUGCCUGUCUAGGGUAUCACAGAAAUUCUUACUUUGAAAUUGAUGCGUGUGGAUUUCAAGUCAUGACUGUCGCAAUUGUUCCCUGUGUCAAUUAACAUUGCAUUGACAUGUCAGAUUAUAUACGACAGGACCAACAGGGUAAAAGGAAAACUGUCAUUCAUUGUUCAUGUUGUGAUGCAGCAAGAAUUCAACUGGCAGAGAAAGAUUCUUGUGUCCACAACAUUAUGCCACAAUUGUCCUUUUAUUGAUGAUUGUCUUGCCAUAAGAACAUAAACAUAUGUUAUAAAUUAUUGCAAAAGCUUUUUAUGCUUCUUUUUAGAGGUACGUAUCAUACCAUUUUGUUUUCCAAAUAUGAAAUGUAUAUGUUUGUAAGUUAGUGUGCCAAUUGCAUUGGAUGUGUCAUUUUCUUACAUGAGAGUUUGGAGAGGAUGUGCAAGUCUUUCUGUAUAUUUUGUGUAGAUUUUGACUAUAAAGCAAUGCUAUAUGCUCUGGUUUAAAUUUCCAUGCCCCCAAUGGGCCAUAUAUAGCCAAGAUAUCCAUAUGGCUAAUAGGCCUGGGGUUUACAAGUCUAUUUGGUUCGUUUUUAAAUUCCAUUCAUUAUUGACAAUGAUAUGUAAUGUAGUUAUUUACUUACACUGGUUGUUGAUCUAUA